AUGGAUUCAGCAGCGUUGAUUUGUCUACUACUUGGGAUUCUUUCACAGGGAAGCUAUGUCUCAGCUCUUGAUCUCCGGUUUAGGCCUGAUCCACCAACGUUGAACAUCUAUGGCGUCCACACAAUCAACAAAACUGAGAACCUAGAACUCAUCUGCAGGGGGCGCCAGUACCUAAAAUGGAGCAUGCCCAUAAUAAGCGGGAGGUUCUCCGUGAGUGACUGCAGUGGAGCAGGAUUCUUCUGCUCCUCGCUGCUAAUCACAAACGCUACAGCCAAUGAAACGGGCUCGUACCUCUGCUCCUACAAGGACAUGAAAGCAGAGGAGGGAAAAACCUCAGCUUCACUUUAUGUUUUUGUACAGGAUUACAAAAUGCCGUUCGUUCCCUCGGAAAAGGAUUACGAGGUGGUGUAUAUUCAAGAAGGAGUGAAAGUGAUCAUCCCGUGUCGAGGCUCAGUAGAGAAUCUCAACGUUACACUUCAUACUAAGUAUCCCAAUAAGGAGCUUUAUCUGGAUGGGAAAGAGUCGGAGUGGGAUGCUCAGAGAGGGUUCACUGUUCCCAGUCAUCUGGUCAGCUACGCCGGGGUCGUCUUCUGUCAAACACGCAUCGGCAACGAGACCUUCAAGUCUCCAGUGUACAUCGUAGCAGUUGUUGGAUAUAAGAUCUAUGAUCUGACGCUGAGUCCGGCCCAGCUCCGGCUCGCUGUGGGGGAGCGCCUGAUGCUCAACUGCUCUGCCUCCACUGAGCUCAACGUGGGCAUAGAGUUCAACUGGACCCACUCCGGACAAGCCCUGACAUCUGAAAAUGCGUCUAAAGUGAUCCACACGACUCCUCGUAAGAAGAAGCUGUGGAAUUCGCUGGAGCUGUCGAACACUCUGACCGUGGAGGAUGUGAGCGUGCAGCACAGCGGCGAGUAUACCUGCUCUGCCUCCAGCGGCCGCAUGAAGAAGAACGCCACGGCGAUACUCGUAGUCUACGAGAAACCUUUUAUUGAGAUGAAGGGACCAUGGACGAGCGUCUGGGAGGUGAACGUUGGUGACAAGAUGCCCAUCGUAAUCCCAAUCAAAUACACUGCCUAUCCUGAACCUAACAUUAAAUGGCUUAAAAAUGGACACACUUUCGACGACUACAGGAUCAAACAAAAGAGUGAUGCGCUGGUCAUUCGAGAAGUGAAAGAUAUGGAUGCUGGGAAUUACACCAUGAUCCUGACCAAUAAGAUCACGAAAGAGGAACAGAGGCGGGCCUUUCAACUAUUGGUCAAUGUGCCUCCUCACAUAAUUGAGAAGGAGGUUGCCGAAGACUCAGAUGUUUACCCGUUUGGCGGCAGUCCUACUCUUUGGUGCACGGUGCGUGGCGUCCCGAUUCCAGCUCAGGUCCAGUGGCAGUGGAUGCCCCUCGAGGACUGCCCUGGGGACUUCUCUUCAGGGCAGAAGCUGGAGCUGGAGAGCUGCAAGGACUGGAGAGAUAUCAAGAACAACACUGGAUACAACAAAGUGGAACAGAUUUCCACCAAUAUAGACCCGCUCACUAAGAGAAUAAGGAGCUCUCUUAAGAUAAAGAAAGCAGAGGAGCAUGCGCUGUAUCGAUGUGUGGCUGCGAACAAAGCAGGAGAAGAUUCCCGUAUCAUCAAAUUUCAUGUGACACGUGGUCUGGAGUUGAGUGUGUCUCCUCCUGAUGAGCUGUUGGAAGAGGAUGAUGUUCUGCUGCGUUGUAAAGCCGACAGACUGAUCAAUGGAAACCUGGCCUGGUUCAAGCUUGACAACAUCUCGGACUCGGAGCCGGUGGCCUCCGUACAGCCCUGCCGCUCCCUGGCCCUGCCCCGGACACCUCUCUCUCAAACCGACCUGUCUCACUCUCAGAACAGCAACAUGAGUCUGGAGCUGCUGCUGCCCCAGGCCUCCGCUCGGGACCAGGGGGUGUACGUCUGUCAGAUCCAGAACAACAAGACCGAGGAGAGGACCUGCCUGCUCCGCCGCAUCACACUCCGAGGUCUUGAGCCCACAAGGAUCCUCAAUAACUUGACAGACCAAAGGGUUAACGUGAGUUCAACAGUGACUUUUGUGUGUGACGCUGCUGGGACCCCAAAGCCCACCGUGAUCUGGACCAAGGACAAUCACACUGUAGUGGAGAGAUCUGGCAUCAUUCUGAGCCAGCACGAUAAUAUUCUGACAAUUCAACGAGUGAAGCAAGAGGACAGCGGCCUGUACACUUGUACUGCCUGUAACAAUGGAGGGUGUGAUGUCGCACAAGCAUUCCUCAGCACUGAAGGCGUGGAAGAGAAGACCAAUGUUGAGCUGAUUGUUCCCAUUGGUUCUGUGGUCAUCGCUAUGUUCUUUUGGUUACUUAUCGUCUUCGUUAUUCGCGGCAGAAAACGAUCCACCGGUGGAGACCUGAAAACGGGUUAUCUCUCCAUGAUCCUGGACGCAGAGGACAUGCCCAUGGAUGAGCAGUGUGAACGACUCACCUAUGACGCCAGCAAGUGGGAGUUUCCUCGAGACAGACUCAAACUAGGAGAUCCACUGGGACGGGGAGCAUUUGGUCAAGUCGUCGAAGCUGCGGCUUUUGGGAUUGAAAAGGCAAUAACGUGCACAACUGUAGCUGUGAAGAUGCUCAAAGAGGGCGCCACUGCGAGCGAGUACCGCGCUCUGAUGUCUGAACUGAAAAUCCUCAUCCACAUUGGACACCAUCUCAAUGUGGUGAACCUGUUGGGGGCCUGUACUAAAGCUGGAGGACCCUUAAUGGUGAUCGUGGAGUACUGUAAAAAUGGAAACCUCUCCAGUUACCUGAAGAGUAAGAGAGGAGAGUACAGCCCCUACAAGAGGAGACGGGUGGAAAGCCAGCAUUGGGCUCGCUCAGAGGACGACAUGACGAAAGGAGAUCUGGGUUUGGGUAAAAUCGCUCAGUUAGACAUUUGCACUGGGACUGCGAUGUGCACUGCAGGAGAGCGGACCUCCAGCAACACCAUGGACUCUCCUGAAGAGAGCUCAGAUGAGGACCACCUGACUAUGGAGGAUCUGAUAAGCUACAGUUUCCAAGUGGCCAAAGGCAUGGAGUUCCUGUCCUCACGAAAGUGCAUCCAUCGAGAUCUUGCAGCUCGGAACAUUUUGCUCUCGGAAAACAAUGUGGUGAAGAUCUGUGACUUCGGACUGGCUCGCGAUGUCUACAAAGACCCAGACUAUGUUCGCAAAGGAGACGCUCGGCUUCCCCUGAAGUGGAUGGCCCCGGAGACGAUCUUUGACCGUGUUUACACCACGCAGAGUGACGUCUGGUCAUUUGGAGUUCUGCUGUGGGAGAUCUUUUCCCUGGGGGCGUCGCCUUAUCCCGGAGUGUGCAUUGAUGAGGCUUUUUGUAGAAGGCUCAAAGAGGGCACCAGGAUGAGACCUCCAGAGUAUGCCACAACAGAAAUAUACCAGACCAUGUUGGACUGCUGGCUGGAUUGCCCCACAGAUCGACCCACUUUUACUGAACUGGUGGAGCAUUUGGGGAAUCUGCUUCAAGUCAGUGCGCAGCAGGAUGGAAAAGACUACAUUCCAGUGACGGAGGGUUUUCCCCUGGUGUCGGACCCCAGGAGCCAGUACAGUUCACCCCAGAGCGGAGUCUCACAUGACUACGACCACCCUCUCUCUAUAAGAGUGGAGCGGGAGAGUGAGAGCUGCAGUAUGAAGACAUUUGCGGACAUCCCAGUGGAGCACAGCAGUGUCAUGGAGGGUCAUCUAGACUGCAGCCUGGGCGUCUCGUCUGAGGAAGUGAAAAGCCUGAAUCCCCAGCUCAACACCACACCCAACCUCAGUCAGUUGCUGCGCUGUAAGAGCAAAGAAUCACUGGGCUCUGAAUCGUCCAAUCAGACGAGUGGGUAUCAGUCGGGGUACCACUCUGAUGACGCUGAGAUGCCCAUAUACGCCAACGAGGAGGUCAUCCUGAAGCACCACAGGAUGAAGAAGCCCCCUCGUGCCCGUGCUGUGGACAAAUACCAGCCAGACAUCCGCUACAGCACCCCUCCAGUCUGA